GUUCUUAAAUCUUAACAUUAAUUUCUAUUUCCUAAUAAAUAAUAAUCGAAUUUACCGAUUGUUUUCCGACAAUUUGAUUAUUACCGAACAUUAUCCGAUGCACGAUACGCAUGCGUGACGCUUUCCCGCCGAAACUCGAAAUUUCCUUUGCGUAUUUGUUUACAAGUUUUCAUCUUGAUUCAAAACUAAAGUAUAUAGAUCGAGGUGUUUUUAUUUUCAAAACAUCUUAGCGAUUGCUGGAGAAUCCUUCACCACUGACUAUUUGUUUCAUCCAAGGUCUUUACAAAUAAAAUUGUUUAGUAAAUUUCAGUUUUUAGUAUGCCUAAGGAUAAACGUGGGGACCUUUGCGAAUAUGAACGGAGAAGAAUUGCAAAUAUCAACAGAAAUCUUGAUUUUCUCCAGCAGUUGGGUAUUGAGGUUGACAGAUCGGCAUAUUUUCCUAAAAAAACAAGUAAGAGAAAAGCUGAGAGUGACAGUGGUAGCGACGAAGAAUGGCUACCAGGAAAAGAUGAAGAUAAUCCCAAGAAAUCAAAAUCAACUAUGACAGGACAUACGUUAACAAAACAUACCGUUGGAGUACCCACCUUGAAGAACCAGUUGAGUAACAAGUUUCAGUCUAGUACCGUGGACGUCCAGUGUAUUUCUAGCCAGGACCCGGGUAGUACUAGUGAAGAUAAAGCGCUAGCAACAGCAGACAGCGAGUUACUUGGACAACUUGUUCAACCUCAUACCAACUUUGGUAAUCUGGAGCAUUCGGUACUCAAAAAGAAGAAACGAUCAAUCAAGUUUAAGUGCAAAAGUCUUGCGAACGAACCAACAAGAAAGUCAACAAGAAAUUUCGUACGUAAAAACUAUACAGAGGAUGAUGUUCCUGAUGAUGAUCACUACAUAUACUGCGACCAGUGUGACGACUUUUAUUAUGGCGAGUGCCCCACACACAAUUUUAACAUCAUCGAAGACAAUGGCACGGACACAGAGAAAGGAAUGAAGAUGCCUGAUGCAAUGAAGUCUCUUCCUGGAAACCUGUACGUAAAAGAUUCCAAGAUUCCUGAAGCUGGUAUGGGCGUUUUUUCGAAGGAAAAAUUGGAAAUAAAUACUCGUUUCGGACCAUAUCGGGGCGUCAAGGUUCUGAAAGAAGACUUAGAGGAAGGAAAAGAUACUUCGUAUAUGUGGGAGAUUGUUCAUGAAGGAAAGAUCCAGUUUUAUAUCGAUGGUAAAGAUCUUAAUCAUAGCAACUGGAUGCGGUACAUCAACUGCGCAAGAUGCGAGGACGAACAGAACAUUAUUGCCUAUCAAUAUCAUGGAGAUAUUUACUAUCGUGUUUAUAAAGAAAUACAUGUAGAUGAUGAACUUUUAGUGUGGUAUGGAGAUGAAUAUGCAGAACAACUUGGUAUAUCGUUAUUUGAGGAGGACGAAAAGCAAUUAGAAAAGCUCUUUGAAGUUGGUGGUCAUGCCUGUAAAUAUUGUGGUAGAAUGUACACAUAUCCCAGCUACUUGGAAACGCAUUUAAGAAGAUGUCAAAUAUUGGCGUGCACCAAACUGUGGGAAUGUCCUCACUGUGGCAGAAAGUAUAGCAGUGAAGAUUACCUUCGUGUACAUGUUAAAAACAACUGCGAGAAAAAACAAACAAGAGAUAGAGCUGAAAAUGACAGUAUGAUAAUGAUGCCUGUUUACCUAAAAGAUAAUAAUCAGAAAUUUAAACAAAUUGCGUCUAAAAUACAGCAGAACAAUAUCAGUAAUGAUAGAACUUUUCAAAAAAGACCGUAUCGAUGUCAACAUUGUGGUAAGAUAUUUACAAAGCAAUGUAACUUGAAGAGCCAUGAAAGAACACAUAGCGGAGAACGACCGUAUCAAUGUCAACAUUGUGGUAAGACAUUUACACAGCAAGGUCACUUGAAGGGACAUGAAAGAACACAUAGCGGAGAACGACCGUAUCAAUGUCAACAUUGUGGUAAGACAUUUACACGGCAAGGUGACUUGAAGAGCCAUGAAAGAACACAUAGCGGAGAACGACCGUAUCAAUGUCAACAUUGUGGUAAGACAUUUACACGGCAAGGUAGCUUGAAGAAUCAUGAAAGAACACAUAGCGGAGAACGACCGUAUCAAUGUCAACAUUGUGGUAAGACAUUUACUGAGCAAGGUCACUUGAAGGGACAUGAAAGAACACAUACCGGAGAACGACCGUAUCAAUGUCAACAUUGUGGUAAGACAUUUACAUGGCGAGUUAGCUUAAAGAGACAUGAAAAAACAGUUCAUUCAACAUAACACCUUAGAUAAGACAUUAAGAGAACAUGUCCUGACUGUAUUAAAACAUUGAUUUAUCUUAAUAAUCAAGUUUGAUAUUUUUUAAAUAAUAGGGAAAAAACAGUUGAUUUAUAUUAAGUAGUGUGAACACAU